ACUAGCCUCAGAUAGUCCGGUAGAUUCCCAUCAGGCUGUGCAUGCCACUACUGCACCCUUAGGAUUACAAGGCCAUGCUGGUCACAGUCCAUGUCACUGUGUUGAGUUCUUCUAACUGAUUCAGAAUGUGUUCCCAUUUUGUCUCUUCCUGCAAACAUAAGGGUACUCUGGAAAUGGCCUCAGAAAUCUACAUGCCAGGCCCAGUGUGCCUCAUUGAGAACUCUAGUAAGAAGCUGGUGGCCAACCAGGAAGCACUGGAGAUCCUGUCUGCCGUCAAGCAGCCUGUGGUGGUGGUGGCAAUCGUGGGCCUCUACCACAGAGGCAAAUCCUACCUGAUGAAUAAGAUGGCUGGGGAGCAGAAGAGCUUCUCUCUGGGCUGCACAGUGCAGUCUCACACCAACAGGAUCUGGAUGUGGUAUGUGCCUCACCACAGGAAGCCAGACCACACCCUAGUUCUUCUUGACACCAACGGCCUUGGAGACAUAGAGGAGGGAGACAACCAGAAUGACUGCUGGAUCUUCACCUUGGCAGUCCUCCUCAGCAGCACCUUCAUCUACAACAGCAUAGGAACCAUCAACCAGCAGGCCAUGGACCAACUGCAGUAUCCUUUUGGUGCAGUCUAG